AUGUUAAAAAGCUUAGCAUUGUUGUACAAAGGACGACACAUUCCAGUGGGUCGACUUAAGUUCAAGAAUACGCUCACAAAGGGAUGGAAACAAAAAUCUCCUGAGAUUCUACUACCUCCAUUCAUUCCAAUACAUGAAUUGAGAAUAAUGUUGCGACUGGAUUAUGACACCUGCUUCAAGGCUUGCAAUGUAGCAAUAGGGGACAAAAAUUACUACUGGAAGGAUAAGGAGGGGAGGCAGUUUCAAUCCAAUUCCAAAAGAGGUGUGAUAUUGCCAUUUGAAUUGGCGGCUUAUGCCAGUUCCUCCUUUGGCUAUAAACCAAUAAUGGUUAAUCCGGAGCCAACUUGGCAAGAUUUUCAAACUAAGAAUUCAGUGCCUGUUGGCGUACUGGUGGGCCACGCAAAUCAUGGGAAGUCUACUCUAUUUGACGCCUUAGCUGGAACUAAGUAUUCCAAAAUAGAGCCCAUAACGCAAAAUAUGAGAUCUAUAUACAUUAAUGAUAAGAUAACCCUUAUUGAUACUCCUGGACAUGAAUUAUUUGAAAUCCUUCGUGGCCGUUGUAUCCAUCUGGCAGAUUUUGCACUAGUGAUUGUUUCACUAGAAUGCGGGGGAGAAAUACAGACUAGAGAUGUUAUUAUUCAGGCUGAUAGAUUCAAAGUUCCAAUAAUAUUUGUGCUCACCAAAAGCGAUCUUCCUCACAUAGAUCCCGAACUUACAAUUGCUGAGCUUAGGAAUCAAUUACUGAAUAUGUAUCAUGAAGGUAUAAUAUCUCGUGACUAUACAAAUGAAGUAAACAAAGCAAUUUCUGUUUCAUCCAUAACUGGUGAUAAUGUUGAUAGACUCUACAUUACAAUUUUUGAUAGACUCAAAAAUUGUAAUAUACCCUUCAAUCCGAUUAAACCUAUGAGCUUAGGCGGUGAAGAUGUAAAAAAGUAUCAUUCAUUUAUUCGCAAAUCAGAUGCUUUGGUAGGAGCAAAUGCUACACCUGCCUCCGUAGGCCUAAUUGUGGAUAUGGAAAAACGACAUGAUAGAGGCGUGCUAUUGAGUGUGGUUGUACGCCAUGGUGUGAUGGUGAAGGGGAAUCAUUUUGUCGCAGGUACCGCUUUUGGUCGCAUAAAAAGGAUUUACUUAGAUGGACAAGAAGUUCAAUCAGCCUCUGUGGGUCAAUGUGUGCAAAUACAUGGGCUGAAACCUUAUGGCAAUGCCACAACUGAUGAUUUGAUAAUGACUUUACCCAUACAUUCAGCAUUUAGAUUAUCCCAAUAUCGCAUAAACAUUUCGUUGCUUAAAGAAGCUCAAAAGUCUGGUCGUCCAAUUGAUAUUCCAUUUGGUAUAGAUAACAUAACAACACAUGAAGUGCAUCAAUUAGAAAUGAUAACUUCACUUAGUGAAAUUAACAUGGAAGAUACGGAUAAAUCUGGAAUUGGUGAUAACGACGAUGGUGAUAAAGGAUCAAUUCUUUUGGAACCCAAGUCCAAAAUAGAUGAAGAAAUAGAUACGGGUAGCGAUCUACCAUCGUCAGAAAAUAAAACUGCAUCUGCAGGGAAAGGGCGCAAAUCCAGAUUCUUAAAAAGGGAUUGGAUUGGAAACAAUUUUCAAGAAAAUUUAGAUACUAAUGAUGAUUCUAAUGGAUAUGAUUAUGAAAAUGAUAGACAUUAUGCAAAUGAGCUUCAUGAACCGGAAAAAAUAAGUAUCUCGAACAGAUAUGUAUUGGAAAGAUGGGAUACAAGAAUACAACAGAGGGAAAUUGAGCAGCAACGCCAAACCAUUAACAAACGGACGCUUCUUGUGGAAGCGGAACAGCUUCGUAGAAGAGUGCUGGGAGAACCGCAACUGACGUCUGAUGAAAUUGAAAGAUUUAUAUCAGCAGACAUUGUAGAUUCAAGUGUAAAAGCACACACUUCUGUCGUAUCUUUUGAUAAAAAAUUGGUCGUUUCGGUGAUAAUGAGAACGAGUUUCGUCGGAAGCUUGGACAUGCUAUUGGACGGGUUCGAAAAAAUAGAGAAUGAAUUUGGUGUCAGGAUACCAUUAGUACAUGGCGGAAUUGGCCCUAUUGGGCCAACCGAUGUUAUUCAUGCGGAAAUUGAAAAUAGGCUUUCGCGCAAUGUGCCAAUAUAUGCGUUCCAAGUGCCUAUAUUGGCAGAUGCAGUAAAACAUGCCAUUUUAAAUAAGGUGACAAUUAUUAAAUUUGACCUAUUUUCGGAUUUGCUAGAUCACCUUCGUGAUAGGUGCAGGAAGGAGAUCAGUAAAGCUGAAUCUAGGAAUAAAAGGGAUUGGUACUAG